CUCCUGAGCUCAAGUGAUCCUCCUGCCUCAGACUGACAAAUAGCUUGGACCACAGAAAUUGUUGAAAACCUCAUCAUAAUAGAUGAUUCACAUAACAUACCUGUGGCAAUUGAUAGACUAUUCAGGGAAAUAGCAAAUAUCACUACACAAAUCAAAUACUGUGUCAUGUGGAAAGUCAUCAUUAGACCAACUAUGGUAUGGGGAUACCAUUUGAGAGGGAUUGGGGAAUCAUGUGAGGAUAUGAUAAUCAGCCCCAGAAUAAUUGAAAUAGCAGUAAUCCUGUGGAACUGGGGAGUUGCCGAGAGAGUAGUUUCCGUUUUAAGUGAGGAACAGCCUGCUAAAUUGCAUUAUGUUGCUUGUAAGUUGGUGUGUAUGUGUUUAACCUCCAUUGCUUUAGAAGAAGUUAUUUGGAGACAGAUUUUGGCAGUUGCUCAAGGAGAUUUUCAAAGCACAUCUGCGUGUGCAGUGCAUUGUAAAGAUAUGUUGCUGAGGCUCCCCAAAAUGGGGACAUAUCUUCAUAUUCUCUGUUACAGCUUUGGAGUAGAGACUUACAAGCAGAAUAAAUAUGAAGAAAGUUCUUUCUGGUUUAGGUAUCUUGAUUCCAGGCCCCUGAGAGGCUAUAUUUUACUGCUGGAACAUUUAAAUCCAGCUGGGCUUUUCUUAAAGAUGAGUCUCCUUUUGAAAAACAGGGCGACUAAUGAAGAACUUCUUGAAGCUGUCAUGCAAAUACUACACCUUGGUCUGUCUCUGGACUUUUAUCUGAACAUUGCUAAACUGCUGAUGGAUCAUGAAAGGGAAUCUGUUGGGUUUUAUUUCCUGAAGAUUAUCUGCAAACAUUUUAAGUCAUCAGAAAAUAUUGGAAAAGCUCUAUUGCUCUAUGUUGACGUGUUUUUACAAAGAAAGGAAGACCUGCUUGCCAAGGAGAAGAUUGAAGAAAUCACUGUGGGUCACCAAACAGGAAGUCAACUGACAACAGAAUUAGUAGGUUUGUUUCACAGCGUUCUGUGGACAAAAGCUGCAGGAAGUUUUAAGGGACAAAAUUAAACUGAUACCCUACACUGGUACUUUUAUUCUCUCAAAUUUUAUGGAACUCAUCAAGCAGAUAUGGACUUGGCUAAGCUGAAGAGGAACAUGGCUUCCGGUCACCUGACUUUGAAACAAGUUGAUAAGCAAUCCCUGCAACUGCUGAAGUCUGCGCUUUCUACACCACCCUGGGUGAACAUGCUGUGCAAUCCAUUCCGACCCUGCCGCUUCCCUCCGGCUUUCCACCCACAGCAAACUCUCUGUCCGUGCACUUUGCAGGAAAUCACUACUUUAAAAAAUUUAUUCACAGAUGAAGAACCAAAAGAUAAUGAUCUACUUGCAAAUAGAGGUUCACCUACCAUGCUCCUAUGUUUGGCUGCUCUGUAUAUCUUACAAAAUGGACAACAAAUUGUGGCAGGAAGAGCUCUGGAAUAUUUCACUCAACAUUCAGAAGAAACACAAGUACUUGUAGCUUUAAAGUAAUGUCUGUUUCAUCUUGUUCUUCUAACAGUUUCUCAAAUGUUGGAAUUUGAAAAUAAAAAGAAAAAAAUGGAUCAACUUUUGACAUGGUUGAACACAGCACUCCUGAAACUUGCUCAGCUUUUUCAGGGAGAAACCUCAACUUUGGAUUCCAGGGCUAAUGAAGCUCAUUGGUUUCUAAAAACAGCUUGGAACUUGGCUGUGCAGUGUGACAAAGACCCAGCGAUAAUGAGAGAAUUUUUCAUGCUUUCUUAUAAGCUGUGCCAGUUUUGUUAUUCUGACCAAGUAAUUCUGAUUGCACAGAAAGCAUGUUUACUUAUGGCAGCUGCAGUUGACCUAGGGCAAGGGAGAAAAGCUUCAACCACUUUUGAACAGGCCAGGUUACCGAAUUGUGCACUUGAGCAGAUCCAGGAAUGUAAAGACAUCUGCAAUCUCCUGAAGCAAACAGGGGACUUCUCAAAUGAUCCAUGUGCGACACUGCUUCUAUUAUACGAGUUUGAAGUUAAAGCCAAAAUGAAUGAUCCGUCGCUGGACAGUUUCCUGGAAUCGGUGUGGGAGCUGCCUCAUUUAGAAGGUGAAACUGAAACAAUCGCACUAUUAGCAGUGGAAAUGCCUGCAUAUUAUCCUUCUGUUGCUCUCAAGGCCUUGAAAAGGGAAACUAAAAAAGACGAAUGCAUGCGCAAUUUGAUUAACCUUUCAGUGUCAGAUGAGGUAUCAAGUGCAGAAUUCUGUCCCUUGGAAGAAGUUUGGGGCCAUUUUGAAGAUGCUCUGCGUCUUAUUAGCCACACUGAAGGCUACCCAGAAAUGGAGAUUCUCUGGCUGAUGCUCAAGUCCUGGAACACUGGAAUAUUUAUGUAUAGCAGGAGCAAGUAUGUAUCUACUGAAAAGUGGUGUGGCCUGGGACUACAUUUCCUUGACCACCUUGGCUCCCUCAAGAAAAGCUAUGAAACUCAGAUGAAUGUUUUGUAUAGUGAGCUCAUGAAAGCAUUGCUCCUUGGAAACGGAACUGUUUGCUUUGUCCUUGUUCUUCCAGCACCAAGCACAGCGAUCAUUGAUGAGCAAGAUUGCAGCGAUGGCGAACCUUUUAGAGCUUUCGAUGACAAAGGCUGUGGCACAUGUGCCAAGACAAAACUUGGGAAUAGUGAGCUGGAUGACUUGGCCACAGCCGCAGCUGAGCCCAACAGGCCCCCAGGCUUGCUUUGGACUUCAGCACUAACUCGUCAGCUGUCUUACAAAGCAACUGAACACCUGCUCAUCUUAUUGCCUGCUGCAGGCUCUCUGAUACCUCGGCUUCAGUGGUUGCCAUCAGGCCGAUAUUGUCCCUGCAGAAAAGGUUCUGGUGGCCUUUAG